UGCAGCGGCCAUGCCAUGCCGCAUCGAAUCGCAUAUCAUCAAGCACGGAGUUUGCUGUUUCGGUCUGAUAACAAAGGUAACGAGGAAAGAAGAGCAUGGGUCAAUUAUAGAAACUGAUGCAACCAGGUUAAGCUCUCCUUGGCACCCCUGGAGUUUUAAUCAGUCUAGGGCUGUGAUCUUAGCGACCCGUCACUGAUCAGAUGUUGAGCAGGGCGCUUUCGCUCAGCUCAUCACCGAAACGGAAAGAUGGAACGAGGUCUCACCAGGAGAAUCCACGCUCUUUUGCUCAUAUUUUUCGAGGGUGGCAAAUUGCGAAAAACAGCACCGUUGAUGGUAGAAUGUGCAAAUAGUACAACCCGGUCAACCAAUCUAUGAUACAGGAAUAAUUCCACUCUAAUUCAAAUGUCCUCCUCCGCUAGCACAUCCUGUAGUUGCAGAUACAGCACAGCAUCGCACAACGCAUGUGCCUUUUCGAGCGUGGGCCGGAACUUGGACAUCUCUGUCAACUUGAGCAGCCCCAUCCGCACAGGCUCCAGCUGGCGUAUUAGAUCCUGUAGACUCAGACUCUCACCCACAUCCUCCUCGCCGCUGUCUGCCAUCUGAAUCACAGCGGGGUUCCGGCUCCGGUACCACGCGCCGGUCCCCGCACCGCUGACGGCCCGGCGGGACAUCGGACGGUGGGUCGGAGCGAAGCGUAAUAGACGCAACACGGCGGUGUAGGCCGGCGCACGGGUCAUCCACGCCCCGAAAUCCGUCGUGCGCAGCAGACCCGCGGCGUAUCCCGGCACCCGCGAGUGGCGCAGGAGCACAGGCAAGGCCGGGUCUGUGUCCAGCGGCGGCUGCUGCCCAUCGCUGUCGGUGCAGGGAUCGAGAAAGUACGCGAGCGCAGAGAGCGGUGCGAGUAGCGGCUUGUCGGCGAUGCGGCCCGGUUCGCGGGUGAGGAUGUGCGCGCGGUCGAAUGCGAUGAGCGCGGUGAGCCCGCCCAGGGCACGUGCGGCGGCGCAGUGUCGCGAAAUCACGGCGCAGGGCGAGCAGGCGGCGGGGCAUGCAGUGGGAACCCCGCAGCCGCGGCAGUGCGUCUGUGUGCAGGAUGUGCAGUGCGCGUGCAGCAGUGAGACGAUCAGCGCUGGUGGGACGUCGCUCGCUGGUGGGAAUGACAUCUGUUGCGUCUUCAGCAGCGAUCGACACAAGGAUAGAUGCACGCACCCCCUCGAGCGAGACUGCAGGAAUGACCGCUCCGCAGCCUGGGUUCUGGCACGCAAAGGGAGACGUAGCAAUGAAGUGCAGCUUAGCCAAAGCCUCGGCGGUGUUUGCGCUAUCCUCUCGUGUACUAUGCCUACUCUUCCCGCUCUUCAGACUAGUCGCAGCGCUGCGAAUAGACGCAGCAUACGCCGACCCUGUCGUGACCUCGACAAGCCUCUCCAGUGCCCCAUCAAGUCGCUCAUGCCUCGCAGACUCGGCUACCUUCGUCAGCAAACUCGAAAAGCUCGGCUUCGUGCUCAGUCCGCCGCUGGAAGGGGUCCUCGACCCAGAAGACGCACUGGGCGCAGAGACGACCGACGGCGUGCGUAGCCCCCGCGUAACCGACAGCGGCGAUAGUCUCUGGCUCCCGCCGGGAUGCUCCAAGGCCGGAGAUCGGAGCCCAGAUAGCGGAAGCGGAGUAGGCGUUGUGCUGCGCGAUCCAUAUCCACUAUCCUCUUCGACAUCGAUCUCGUCCUCGUGGUCCAGUUCAGCAGAUUCCCGAUAAGAGUAGCGUGAUGGAGACGGCGAGGGCGGGAGCGGCAUGGCACGAGCUGUCCGUGCGGAACUUGGGGAGGUCGGCAGCGGGACAUCACGGGCUGUGCGUGCGGAACUUGGGGAUGUCGGCAGCGGAAUGGCACGGGCCGUACGUGCAGAGCUUGGGGAGAACGGGAGUGGCACAGCACGAGCGGUGCGUGCGGAGCUCGGUGUGCGCGGUGGAUCUGGCGAUGUUGGGGAUUUUGGGGACGGUGGCGAAGUGGGUAGCAGGGUCAUCCCUCCCGGGGUUUUAGGCGUAGGCACAGGUAACGGACGCCCUUUUGUCGGCGACGAAGGCGAGAGCACCGAACUGGGCACAGAGCGCGGUGUCGGUACGGGUAGCGGGCGGGUGCUGCUUUUCGUGGGUGAGGUCGAGCGAGUCGGUGAAUGACUGGACCCCGAUAAGGAAGAUGCCGAGUAAAGUGUGGACGACGCGGAGGAGAAUAACGAUUUCGUGGGCGAUGUCGAACGAGAGGACGAUGCCGAUGAGGACGAUGAACUCGGGGAAACCGGCAACGCCCGUCCCGUCCCAGGGGGCGCGUGGUAGCUCCAUGUCGAUGCUAUAGACGCGAUCGAGGCUGGUCGGGUCUUGGGCGGCAGUGGUGGUGGCACAGACACGGAAGAGGCUGGAAAUUCCAGCCGCGUCACCAUGCUCUGGGCUGGGGCUUUCCCUCCUCUGCCUCCUGGUGCUCCACGGGUUUCUUCUCUGGCCAUCCCUACGCUUCGGCCACUUCCGGAAGAAUGCCCACUGGGCCCUGCUCCCGGUGUCUCCAGUCCAAGUGCGGAUACAUAACCGCCUGGAUGUGCGUAGCGUCGGGACUCCGCCAUUGCGCGCGCCAUCUCUUCUGGGUCGAAUUCCGCGAUGGGAGGCAGUGUAGACGACGAGCGGCGACGCGUGCGCAUCUUGCUGCCGAGAUGGUUCGAGUUAUCACUGAGUCUGUGGGUGCACGAGGAUAGUGUGAAGGAGGGAGAAUCAAGAUCCGUUCAACAGCGGAGAGUUUAAGCUAAAAGCAUCCCUUGUUCUCGAAAGUACAACAAUCUGUGCUUCUGCUCGUACUCUGUAAUCCCCGGCCCACGUGUCCUGUCGUCUGUGGCGCCAAGAAAGAGAAACCCGGAAUAGAACUGAAUGGAAGAGAGUGUGUGAGAGCGUCCAACGUAAAGCAGUGGCAGUAUCUGGAAGUAUUCGCACACACGUCGACGUUCAGAUUCUAAGGUGUGACAAGACAGCCGUC